ACAACAGAAAGAGCAACCAGUUUUGUCACAUACCUAGAUGACACUAAUUGUUCUCUUUUUUAUUUUAUUUUAACUCUGUGCGUGCAUGUGUUAGCAACAGCAGUACCCACCAAAUCCACCAGAUGACCCAAUUGUUACCCUUUGAAACUUUCAUGGGAAAUAGUUUCAUGGGGGAAAUAGUACUGUAGUACUUAAUGAACUGCACAGGCAAUGUUUUAGGUAAUAAUUGAACAUUGAACAUGUAAAGUUUAAAAAGUAAUAAAUAAUAGUAACGGAUACUUAACUUGAAUGACAAACUAUUAUAAUUGUCCACAAAGGCCACAUUUUAUUUGUUAAAUGGACAGAUGGUCAGGUCACAUGUACAGUAGAUGAAUACACAAACAAAGAAAAACAAGCUGCUUUUUUAAACAGGCACUAUUUAUUUAAGUAAUCGAUCAUUCAUUGUCAGUUAUUGUGUUAUCUAUGAUUAAUUAUAUUAAAAUUAAUUAAUCCUGAUGAGCUAGAACGCAAAAUAUCCAGCUAUCAAUUUUCUGAACCACUUGAUUAAUUAAUGCAUUGAUUUUUAAGCAUUUUUUGGAAGGAAGACCUCAACUAAUGCAAGGAAUUACUGCCAUUUUCAUAUUGAUAACUGAACAGGCUGUGUCGGGCACAUGGGCCAUAAAAAUUGCCCACCUUUGGAUAUGGUAGAUAUUGUAUUGAUCCCAACAGAAAUUCCUAAAAAUAACUUUCCUAAUACAAUUUGAAGCUUGCUUUUGAUGAUGGUGACACUGGAGUCAUGCUACUUCGAACGUGGAUGAUGCUCCUUCUUUGGGGAAGGGCAAAGAAAAAGACUGAGGGAAAGUGAUUUCAAGGCAUGUUUUCACAACAUACACAACACUAGGAAAGUGACUCCACCCCCCUUGCCAUUGCCUCCUCCCCCCGACGAGUUGUAGCGAUCUCCGAGUGGCAGAAAGAGACGAGCCACGCAUCCCGUCGGAGAAUUCUCCACAUUGACAAUUAUCAUGGUUCUAAAAAUAAUACCGAUUCUGUGGGCGGCUGUGGUAAUUAUUGCACCUCAGCCUCUGUGUGACCCGUUGACUCAGUACGGACUUAAUGGAGAGUGCUGCCAAAUGUGUCCUCCAGGCACUAGCAUGUCUGACUUGGGCACAUGCACAACUCCUCAGUGCCUCCAAUGUGACGAGGACGAGUUUCAAGACACAUACACGACGGACACAAAGUGUAAACGUCAGCCGUACUGCGACCCAAAUAAAAACUUUCAGAUUUCGGUGCAGACGAGCAAAACCCAGAAAAACACCUGCACGUGUAAACUUGGAUCCCAUUGUUCCAGUACAGCGUGUUUCACCUGUGUACCUCACAGGCGUUGUGAGCCCGGAUGGGGGGUGCUAUCUAAAGGAAACCAUACUCAUGACACGGUGUGCCAAAAAUGUCCUGAUGGCACAUUCUCCAGCCAGACCUCAUGGGACAGCGAAUGUUGGACAUGGACCAAGUGCGAGAGCGGUUAUGUGAUCAUGCAAAGCGGAUCGGCCCAAUCUGAUGUUGUGUGUGAGAAGAACCAGCGGACACACAUAGUCAUCGCCUGUCUUUUGGUACCUUUGAUCGGUAUUCUGCUAUUGGCUGUAAUGAAGAUUUGGCACACAAAACGUAGACAAAAAGAUUUCAAAGGAAAGGGCUGCAAUGAGGCGUGCAUGCAGCAUGACAAAGAGGUGUUCCCAAUCCCUAACGGCAUCCAUGAAGUGCCCAUGUCGCCUGGAGUGCAGGUGUCGCUGGCAGACAGCAGCAGCGCGGGGGAACCCGAGGAGAACGAGGACGGUCCCAGACUACCGGUCCUGGGAGAUGUACCCUUGAGCGAUAAAGGCAAUUUCGUGACACAGGAGAACGGAAAAGCAGAAGUGCUAUCCCGUCAAGAAUCACAAAGCAGGACUGAGACCAGUGAAUUGUCUAUUUGAGAUCGUUGCCGAAUGGCGGAUACUUGUUUCUGCACAUGGGACUUGACAGACACCUCUGUCACCUUUAUCUAUCAAAUGCAUUCACUCCCAGAUUGCAUCACAAGUGGGACGGCAACUCUUUUGUGGAGUUUAAUGCCUGACAUGAGUGUGUGGACUCAUAGUUUAACACAUAGUUUUACACUUUGCAGCUUGAACUAAUUAUCUGUCAACAGGAUUGUGAAACAUUUGAUGCAAUAUCCUGUUUUCAUUUGUUAAAGGCAAAGGUGAGAAAAACUUAUUUGCUAGUUUUGCGGAGUCUCUAAUUUAUUUUUGCACUUUUGUGAGAGUUACAUGUGGUAAAGUGUUAUCUUGUGUGUUAGUCUUGGUGCUGAACUCUACAAUAAAUGUUAUGUUUAUCUGUACGUGAUUGUA